AUGGAACGCAAGUACAGUCCAUCGCCGUCUCCGAGUCUCAGCUCCUCGGACCAUUUCUCGGAUUCGUCGGACAAUGACGACCUCGCUUCGUACGGAGGUGAAGUCGCGGAGUAUAGCCAAUCUGUAUCUCGCCCAGGGUCCCCCGGGUCUGGACCCACAGAUGCACAAGGUCAAGAUGAAGAGGCAGAGGCAGACACCAUGACUUGCCAAUGGGAACAGUGCAGCAAGGUCUUCAAUCACCUUCCUUCGUUGAUUGAGCAUAUACAUAACGACCACAUUGGCGUCCACAAAUCGAAUUACACAUGUGAAUGGGCUACGUGCACUCGACGGGGCAUUGCCCAAACUUCCCGAUUCGCGCUCAUCUCACACAUUCGCUCGCACACUGGCGAGAAACCAUUCACGUGUCCGAGGCCAGAAUGCGACAAAUCCUUCACCCGCUCGGAUGCACUGGCGAAGCACAUGCGGAUCCAGCACAACAUAUCCCCACCACUCCCUGGCCGCGGCGGCAAUCGCAAGCGGAAGCGGGAGGAGCCCGAUGCUGGCGGAAAUGUGCCAGAACAGCCACCGUAUGGCUACAGCACGUUCAAGAUUGAGCCAAACACGCACCCCGACGACGAGGACAUGCGCAUGUCGCCCGGCGACACAAACGGCGCAUACCCCGGCGCGAUGCCGCGACCGUUCAGCCCCGAGCUCGUUGAGUACGACGACUUUGAGGAUGAGAUCCCACCACAUCUUCUGGCGCAAAUGGAUCGCGCAACGGGCCUCAUUAUGGGGCGCACACCGCUGAUGGUCCGGUAUCUGCUAAUGAAGGCCAAAUACCGCUGGGUGCUCGAGCACCACGAGGCGCUGCUCGAGGAGCUGCGUGUACUGAAGUACGAGGAGAAGUGCUGGAAAGAGCGCAAGGACGCAUUGCUCGACGAGCUUUUGCGUCUAAACUUUGGGCCGUCUGCGGAGCAACUCGUUACGCCACUGGUCAUGGCUGGACAGAACCAUUAUGUAUACCCAGCAGAACAUGAUGAUCUCUCGACGCAUCUAUAA